AUGGAUACAUUUGUAAACUGUUGUGCUAAGUUCCUUCCAGAGGGUAUUUCUGACCACUGGCCAUGUAUGAUCAAAUUGGUGAAGUCAGUGGUGUCUAAACCUAAGUCUUUUAGGUUCUAUAACAUGUGGAUGGAUGCCCUAGAUUUUAUGGCCAAGGUGCAAGCAACCUGGGGGAUUAAUGUGGAUGGUGUAGCUAUGUACAAGGUAGUGUCUAAGCUGAAAAAGUUGAAGCCUGUGCUUAAAGCCUUGAAUAAGAGUAAAUUUUCAGAUAUUGAGAAUGAAGCUGCUGCAGCUUUAGUGAAACUUGUGGAGGUGCAGAGGAGAAUACACCAGGAUCCUAGAAAUAGAGAGUUGCACACAGCUGAAGAGGAGGCUAGGAAGACUUUUGAAUUCCUAAAUAAGGCUAAAAUGAGCUUCUUGCAACAAAAGGUGAAGAGUGAUUGGCUUAAAGGAGGAGAUGAUAACACCUCCUACUUUCAUGCGUGUCUGAGGAAGAGAAGGAUGCAAAACCAUAUUAGUAGAAUCAAGGAUGUAAAUGGUGCUUGGCAGGAAUCCCCUGAGCAGAUUGAGGAGGCUUUUAAGAUAGGGUUAUGUGAGGUCUUCACUAGGGAGGAUGUGAAGAGAGCAUUGUUUGAUAUUGAUGACAACAAAGCCUCUGGGCCUGAUGGGUACUCAAGUGGGUUCUUUAAGAAGACCUGGAACUACACUGGGCAAGACAUUAUCACUGCAGUUUUGGAUUUUUUUCGAACUGGAAAGCUCCUAAAGCAGGUGAAUGCUACUAACUUGUGCCUCAUCCCUAAAUGUGAGCAAGCUGAUGAUGUCACUAAAUAUAGACCAAUUGCAUGUUGCAAUGUGCUCUAUAAAAUUAUUUCUAAAAUGCUGUGUCAGAGAUUGAAAAUUGUUUUACCACACAUCAUUAACCCUGUGCAAAGUGCAUUUGUGGAGAAAAGAGUUAUUAUGCAUAACAUCUUCUUGUGCCAAGACUUGAUGAAACAGUACAUGAGGAAGAAUGGGCCUACUAGAUGUACGAUUAAGGUUGAUCUUAGGAAAGCCUGUGAUUCUCUGAAUUGGGAUUUCCUAAGAGAUUUGCUGGUUGCUUUGAAUUUCCCGGAGAAAUUUGUUUAG